UUACGUACGACUAGGUUAUUGUCUGAUGGCGACACAUAUCCUUUUACAAAAUAAAAAGGGUUUUAUCUCUUCUGAAGUAUGUAAUCACGAAUGUGCCAGGAAAUAACAAGUUGAUUCAAAGAGCCAUAGAAACUUACCUUCCGGUGAUGUAUGAGACGAUACUUGUAUUGACAAUAUUAUGAUUAAACACUCUAUUGCCCCACCCCACGGCCACCACCCAUGUGUAUCGUAACUAAACAAUCCUAAUAUUUCAGCAAACAUUAGAAAAUAUCUUUAUGUUUCAGAUUUCCAAGUUCAUCAAACCAUGAAGUCACUACAGUGUCUUGCAGCCGAAAUAAUUGGUGAAAAUGGUCAUAAUUUUAGCAACAGUUAUCUUGAAGAUAUUCCUAGGCCUGUUUUUGCAGAUUUGCUCUCCUAUCUUAGUCCAGAAACACUGAAUAGAUUAUCUGAAACCAUAUAUAAACAGAAUAUAAACGUUGAAUCUCUAUGGUGCAGACAUUAUGAAGAAAGAUGGCACGUAGUGUGUAUAGAAGGGUACACUAAUGUAAAGUAUGAUGAAUUUCAACACAGAAAUGAAUCUUCUGUCUGUCAAGUUUACCAUCAGAAACAUCUUAAAGAUAUUGUAGAAUGGACAGUUAAUAAAAGUAGCAAAGCAUAUACAUUAGAUCCAUAUGCUGCUUACCGAUGUCCAAGCCAUAUUCUGAAACAUUCCAGAAAUAAGAUGACAUUCUUUGAGAAAAUUGUCAUUAGUGAAUUAGCAAGGAAAAAAGACAACAAAUUAAUUGUGAGACACAUAGAGAGAUUUACAAUUAGGGGAGGCAUGUGUGCUAAUAUAUUAGAAGAAAAAACACUUAUUUAUAUAUUGUUGCAGUAUGUAGUACAUAUUAAGAUAGUGACAAUAACAAAAACUAGUUUAGAUAGUAUAUUAACACUUUUAAGUUUAUUUCUUAAAAAUUCAAAGAUUCAAAGUGUAGCCUUGUGCCAUAUUUUAGUGAAGAAAUCUCAAUCAUUGGAAAAACUUUUAUUACAGUGUGCUGGAAAUUUUCAUAAUUUAAAAUAUUCUGAUUGUGCAACUGACCGUAAUAGUUUGGACCAAAGUUUUCAAAAUCAAAGUGCUUUUGGUGAUGAAAUAGACCUAUUAGACGAGGCCUUGAUGCCAGACAGCAGAUAUAUCGAUUUGCGUCAAAAUCAGACUCAGUUAGACAGUGGAAACAGUGAUAUAUUGAAAGCAGAAGAAGUUGUUGAUUGUGCUGUUUUACCCAAUAGUUUUAUUUUAUAUGAAUUUAACAACAGCGCUUUACUUCAUACAUUGAAGGACACUUUACCAAAAUGGACAAAUUUAAGAAAACUUGCUAUUCAUGGAAUUGCAGAUUUUGAAGUAGAAAGCCAAUUAUUUGAUGUUAUAUUACCAUUAAUUAAUUGGCGACAGUUAACAGAUUUAAGCCUUGAAAUACUUCUACAUAACAGUCUUCAUAUAGCCAGUCUCUUACAUCAGUUAAUAACAACGUAUAGUAACAGUGAUAUAAACAACAGUCUAGGAAUAGAUAAUCAGCCAUUAAAUUCAUUUAAAAUAGGACCUUGUAACCGCAUGUACACACCUGAGAUAUCAAAUUCUAAAAUUGAAAUUGAAAGAUUCCACAGUAUGAAUAUUCCAGAAACUUGCAAUUUCGCCAAAAUAGUCAUGAUACAAACAGGUUUCUUUGAAGCUGUGGGCUUUACACAACUUUUAAAAUUACUGAAAGCUAAUCAUGUUAUGGAAAGCUUAACUCUUCAAGUUUUCGAUGUGGAUUUAUACAAUACAGAGGAAAGAACAGAUAAUAUAAAACUUAUUGAGAUGUUAUCACAGUCUAGUUGCUUGUUACAUACGUUAAAUCUAGAUGGAAAUCAGUUUUAUAAUAUUCCUGUUGAUGUCUGGACUCAUCUUCUCAAACAAAAACAACUGUUAAAAGAACUGUCAUUAUCACAUUGUAAACUAGAUCAAAAUACCGUAAAAGACCAGAAGUUCAUCAGAGAGUUGGUUAAUCAUCCUAAUCUUCAAAUAUUUAAUAUUUCUUAUAAUAAUUUAGGAACUGAAUGUUUAGAUUUAUUGAAGCCUUUAUUAAAUGGUAAUGGCUGCUUAAAGACCUUAGAUUUAAGUUCAAAUCAUCUUAAUUUGGUAAAUAUCUUAGAUGUCAUGAAAAAUCUUGCUCAGGAACCGACAAAACUCAAAUUGAAACAUUUAAUUGUUAAAAAUUGUUGCAGACAUAUUGUCGGAAACCCAAAUAUUAUCCGUGCACAAAUUUUGAAGUAUAGUAAACAUGUUAUUCAAAAUGUUAUUGGUUUAACAGAUUAUGGUCCCAAUUUAAGGGAUGAAAAUCUUGAAUAUGUAGCAAUUAUGUGAUAUAAAGCAAUUUAAACUAAUCUAGUAAGAGUAUAUAUUGUUCUUAAUGAUAUGUCCAUUAUUUGCUGGAGAUGCUGUGGCUCAGUGAGUAUGGUGGUGGCUUGCCAUCCAGGAGAUCCUGGUUUCAUUCCCGGUGUUGGCUGACAAAUUUCUUCAGGACUUUCUGGUAUAGUUUCUCUUUGGCAGUUGUGAAAGUCAGAGGGUGCAGCAAGGAAAAGAGCCAUCCAGAUAUAAUUUUAGUGAGUACAACUGGUUAAUUGUAUUUGAGAGACAUGUAAAGAGUCCAGGUAUAAAUGUCUAUAAUGAUUCUUAUUUAAUUUUUGUUAAGACCAAUCUGGAUUAGGCCUACAAUAAUGUUUAAUCAUCAAAGUCUACUUUCCUCAUCAUCCCUGUCGUCAGUUAACCAGAGAAAGGAAAUGGACACCUCGAGUGAUACUGAAAUUAUCAGACCCGAGGACAUUACAAGUAUCAGAACUGCUGUAGAAGAAUCGUCUACUUCAGAUAGUGAACAGUUGUAUCUAAGUAUUGUAUGGUGUAGUGGAAAGAUUGGACUAGCUUAUUAUGAUGUAGAUACUUUACAAAUAAAUAUCAUGUUAGAUACAGUUGAGAAUGAUGACUUUGCUUUAUUGAAGAGAGCUAUAAAACAGAUUGAACCCACUGCAAUUAUCCUUAGUUCAAAACAAGAUGAUCGACUGGUUAAAUCAUUGAAGCAAACCGUGCAUGAGGUUUACAGCUCUAAAAUAAAGACUGAUGGUUCAGAUCAAACUGAGAUAGCAGAGAUAAUACAAUAUAUGCCAAAUAUUGAUUUUUCACUUGAAAUAUGCAAGAGACGAAUUCUGUCCCUAGAUUUACCUGCUAUUCCAAAACAUUACACUGAUACAGAGAGAGUUUUGUUCAUGUCGUCUUUGAUAUCAUUUGAUAAUAUUGCCAUGGUUAAAGCUAUAGGUGGUGUUAUUAAGUUUUUGGAGAAAAAACGAAUUGGGGUUGAAUUAGAAGAUCACAAUGUUCAAGUACCUGUAUUAGGAUUUAAAGUGUUUUCAUUGAAUGACCAGAUGACUUUAGACGAUAGUGCAUUUAGUGCUUUAUUGAUAUUCCACAAAGAAUCCCACCCAUCUGUUUAUAAAACUGGUACGUCAGACAGUGGCAAGGAAGGACUUAGUUUAUUCGGUAUCUUAAAUAGAUGUAAAUCACAAAUGGGUUCUAGAAUGUUACGGUUUUGGUUUAUGAGACCUUUAAAGAAUCUUCAACUAAUAAAAGAAAGGCAUGAUGCUGUGACUUUCUUUAGUUUGCCUCGGAAUAUAGAGGUCUUAACAACUCUUCAGGAUUGUAUGAAACACAUUAGAAAUAUUCCUAGAAUUUUAUCAAAAAUGGUUCUAGCUCAAGCCAGUAUUACAGAUUGGCAGGUUAUGUAUAAGACUGUAUACCAUGCUAUUUAUAUUGGAGAUAUUUGUCGAGCUCAGGGAUCAUCUAUUGCCAUCUUUCAAAAGGUAGCAAAAAGUUUCUCUGAUGAUUUGCACAGAAUAGCUACAUUGAUCAGUAAAAUAAUUGAUUUUGAUGAAUCUUCCACUCAGAGUAGAUUUGUCGUUCGACCUAAUGUUGAUGCAGAUUUAGACGAAAAAAAGAGAACUUACAAUGGGCUACCAGAUUUUAUGACAAAAGUUGCUAGAGAAGAACUUUGUAAAUUAAACAGUGAUAUAACAGAAUGCAGUGUAAUAUAUUUACCUCAUUUAUGUUACUUGUUAGCCAUACCUAAAUCUGAGAAUAUGGUUACCGAGGAAGAUUAUGAAAUACCAGGACUUGAUUUUAAGUAAGACCGUCUGCAGGGGCAAAGACAACUGCGCUCGUUGUGGUCAUAAUGGCCACGAGAGUGCUGCCUGCCAUGCUGAGUUUUGCUGCGUUAAUUGCAAGGGUUUUACAUGGAGAGUAAAUGAAGAUCUAUCUGGUAGUGACCACUUUCCCAUCUUGAUUGAUAAUAAUGAUUCCUCUCCAGUCAAAAGACCUAAGAGGUGGAAGUUGCAUAAGGCUGAUUGGGCUCUUUUCGAAUCUUUGUGUCUCUCUCUUUAUUUGAUACAAAGGAGUUAGAAGAUGCACAUGAACCCAUGGCCUUAUUCACUUCAAUUCUUCAAGAUGUAGCUAAGCAGGCGAUUCCAAAAACCAUGACUGCACCAAAAU